UCUUUCUAGCGAGCCAGGCCAGCCCACCUCAGCAUAGUUCUCGGAAACCAGGAUUCUUAUCCCACAGUCAUCUCUGUAGUGCACCGGACCGAUGCACAUCAGCAAAGGAACCUUGAAAUGACACAGUCGGACAAAUUUGCAUUGGGAAUUGGUCUCAGCGCAGGCAUUUUUGUCCUCCUGCUUUCUGCCCUUCCAGUCCUUCUAGUGCGUAGAAAAGUAGGCACCGUCUUCAGUAGAGGCAUCAAAAAGGCAUGGAUGAAGAGCACGGCUUUUAUAACUGGACUUUCGACACCAAUCGCCUUUGGAGUAGCGAUUCUUAUGUCCACUGGCGUGCUGACAGAUGAAGGAUUUACUCUGAAAUAUCAGCCAUUCUUUAUUCCAAAAACGAAUACGAGCACGCGAAGUCUUGAUCAGUUGGUUGCACUAGCCGGCGGCGGUAUUACGUUUCUCUUUAGUGUAUUCGAUGCAGUGACAGAGACCCGAAGGUCAUUUUGCACUACGCAAGAGGAAAUCCAUGUCAUAGCGAGCUUAGGGAGGCCAGGUUCUGGAGCAGUUCAGCUUUCUAAUCCAAGUUCAGACCAGCGAAUCAUCGAACUACGCAGGAGAUCGAUCUAAAUAAGUCAUUUUCUCCUAAUCGCUGUCCCAAUAUACCUUUAGAAGGCAGAACUUUGAGCAUCUACGGGAAGGCA